GCUUCCCUGCAGCCGGAUGUCUCCGUCGCCUGCUCUGUGAAGGGCUGCAGGCGAGGAAGACAGCGAGCGCCUCCCUGGAGGGAGACAGUUGCUUCUUGUUUCCUCAGCAGACCGAGGAGGAGGAGGGAUGAUGGAGGCGGCUUGGCGCCAGGGUGGCCGCGGGAGAGGAAGGGGUCGAAGCGGAGCCAACCCCGCAGGGAACGGACCUGGUGGCCGGGGAAGGGGAAGAGGAGCGGGAGGCGCCCAGACCCCCAGCAGCGUCCCGGGAGCCAAUGAAUUAGCUUCUCAGAAGAAGUUUGAUGAAAUUAAGAGAGCUAAUCAAGCAGCAGCUAAAAGGCUUGUUGAAGACCAGUUUAGUUCCUCGUCUGAAGAUGAUGACGAUGAAGAUGCUGAAGGAAAACACGGGAAAAUAUUGGCCAAAACAUUUACAACUUACACUAAUCAAACUGAUGGUGACACACAUGAAUUGGAUCGCACAAAGCAAUACAUGAACGAGGCUUUUCAGUCCGGAGCGAUGACAUGCUUGAUUUGUAUUGCUUCCGUAAAGAGAAACCAAGCUGUUUGGAGUUGCUCUGGAUGUUUCUGCAUAUUUCACAUGCCUUGCAUUCAGAAGUGGGCUAAGGAUAGCGUUUUCCUAAUAUCUUCUCCCUUGACAGAUGAUGAUUUUGGAAAGAAGGAUUAUCAGUGGCCAUGUCCAAAAUGUAGGUUUGAGUACAAGCGAUCAGAUAUUCCCACUCGAUAUUACUGCUACUGUGGAAAGGUGGAGGAUCCAGCACUGGACCCUUGGCUAGUUCCGCAUUCUUGUGGCCAAGUAUGUGAGAGAGAUUUCAAGCCUCCCUGUGGACACAAGUGCCUGCUACUUUGUCACCCAGGUCCUUGUCCACCGUGUCCUAAGAUGGUCUUAACAACCUGCUACUGUAAAAAGGCAAAGCCAGUGCCACGGAGGUGCAGUACAAAAGAAUGGUCAUGCCAGCUGCCCUGUGGUCGAAAACUGCCCUGUGGACAGCACAGCUGUGAGAAACCUUGCCAUCCAGGAGACUGUGAACCCUGCCCAAGAGUUAGCAGGCAAAGUUGUGUCUGUGGAAGGCAAGUAGCAGAGAGACUUUGUGCCAGCCCUUUGUGGCAGUGUGAUCAGCUUUGUCGCAAAACCUUACCCUGUGGUUACCAUGCCUGUGAGCAGGUCUGUCAUGCUGGCCCCUGUGGGGAAUGUCCUCGAUCCGGCAGAAGGUUCUGCCCGUGUGGAAAAUCAAAAUUUUCUUUGCCAUGUACGGAGGAUGUACCUACCUGCGGAGACAGUUGUGACAAAGUUCUCGAAUGUGGGAUCCAUAGAUGUUCACAGCGCUGCCAUCGAGGUCCCUGUGAAACCUGUAGACAGGAAGUUGAAAAGCAGUGCCGCUGUGGAAAGCAUAUGAAACAAAUGCCCUGCCAUAAACCAUAUUUUUGUGAGUCAAAGUGUGCAAAAAUUCGUGACUGUCAGAAACAUCAGUGCAAGAGAAAGUGCUGUCCUGGAAACUGCCCACCAUGUGAUCAAGUCUGUGGACGAACAUUAGGGUGUCGGAAUCACAAGUGCCCUUCGGUCUGCCACAGAGGUAGCUGCUAUCCAUGUCCUGAAACUGUAGAUGUCAAGUGCAAUUGUGGCAAAACUGUUCUCAAAGUACCUUGUGGUAGAGAACGUACCACCAAACCUCCCAGGUGCAAAGAGCUUUGCAGGCAGCCGCCAACCUGCCAUCAUCCGAGUCGAGAGAAACACAACUGCCAUUUUGGCCCUUGCCCUCCUUGCCGUCAGCCUUGCAAGAAAGCUUUAGAGAAGUGCAGCCACUUGUGCCCAGCCGCUUGCCAUGAUGAAGCACUUGUGAAGCAAUCUGGCCUGCACCAGCCUGCAGGCCCCUGGGAACAGUCGUCUGAGCCUGCUUUUAUUCAGACUGCAUUGCCUUGCCCUCCCUGUCAGGUUCUGAUUCCAACGCAGUGCUUGGGGAAACACGAGGUGAACUUGUUGCCAUGUCAUGCUGCGGCACCCUUCUCUUGUAAAAGGUCUUGCGGAAGGCUGCUUGAGUGUCAGAAUCACACGUGCGUGAAAGAAUGUCAUAAAGUUACUGAAAGAGAUGGUGGCAGUGAUGUUCAAAAGGUAAGUCACGAAUGCUGUCAGUGUGAAGAAGGAUGUUCCAAACCACGGCCACCUGGCUGUCCUCACUCAUGCCCUUUGCCUUGCCACCCUGGAGGGUGCCCGCCAUGUGCCCAGAUGAUCCGGAUGAAGUGUCACUGCAAACUCACGAGCCUGUACAUCGAAUGCAUAAAAAUCACUUCUGCUGACUUAAAAGAAAAAGACGUACUCAGCUCCUGCAAAAAUCAGUGUCCGAAAGAGUUGUCCUGUGGUCACAGGUGCAAAGAGAUCUGCCACCCAGGUGUCUGCCUUCCAAACUGCAAUCAGAAGGUAAAAAUCAGAUGUCCUUGCAAGAGAAUAAAAAAGGAGCUGCCGUGCAAUAAGGUUCAGGAAGGCGACGUUUCAUUAGAAUGUGACGUGGUGUGUAAGGAAAUGAAACGGAAAGCUUCUGAGAUAAAAGAGGCAGAGGCCAGAGCUCUCAUUGAAGAGGAGAAAAGAAGGCAACAGGCUGAACUGGAGGCUUUUGAGAAUAGGCUGAGAGGCCGUCGAAAGAACAAGAGAAAAAAGGACGAAGUUGAAGUGGAACCAUCUCUAUGGCAAAAAUAUAGGAAAACUAUUGUGCUGCCUGUAUGUGGAGUGGCUGUUGCGAUGGUUGCAUGGUUCAUAGCCUACAACUACUGAAUUUUUUAGUAUUCAUUUUUAGACACCUCAGUGUGAUCACAGAUAGCUGCUAAAAGUAUUAGGUGGUGUAAAGUAAUCAUCCUCAAUUGCAAUUUUUAAUAGCAAUUGUCCUCUCUUCAUCCGGAGGAGGAAAAACACAACAGACCUCAAUCUCUAUCCUUUAUGUAAAAAUCAAUUUAAUAUAUUCAACAUUACUGAGGUAAUGCAAUAAAACGUCACACACUCUAGGUGAUCACGCCAUGCCAUCCAUCCAUUCAGAUUCUCAUAAUGUUCCAUCGAGUGAAAUCCUGUUCAGUACUAUUCAUGUCAACAUCCAUGUAUUUCAAGGCACACUGAAGAAUAUUUAUGCAUGUACUUGGCUUACAUAGUCAUUUUUAACAGCACUGAUCAUUGGCGGGUGGAAGAAGAGACUCCCUGCCACACUCAGCUGAUUCAUGCUGUCAAAGUUGACCAUUUUUACUGCUGUUGGGAUUGUCAUGCUUUUGACUGACGAAGGGUCCGUGUGCCUACAACCUCUGUGCUUAACACAGUCGCUUUUACAUACAUGCACCUUACAGCAUCCUCUUACACAUCCAGAUCUGUCAGUAUUUUUAAUAUUUACAUUGAAACAGACACCUUAAGCAAAAUAUGAGUGUUCUUGCUUCAUUUUUAAUUGUACUUUGUCCAAAUGGAAAAUAGUAUUUUCUAAUACAGUUCUGACACCGCAUACCCUUCAAGGUACAGGUUUACUGAAAAUUGUAUUUCAAAAGUGUCUUGUAUGUUUCAAAACUGAACUCAUGUGAAUUAUUGAUCGUAUUUUGUGCUAUCUUUUAAAAUUCUUCUUGUGGUCCUCUACGUGAAAAAAAAAACCAACCCUGUAAGUCACAUUGUUUAAAGGUUAAUGGUCUGGCCCCUGAAAAAAUAGCUUUUCACAAAGAAAUACCAGUCUGUUAUUCUAGGCAUAGCAAUGAGUUAGUAGGCAAUCACAGUAUAGGGAAGGCUGUAUGACUGUAGUUGAUGUGAUGACAAGUUAAUUCUUAAGAUGCAGUUUUGAGGGUUAUGUAUAAACAUAUGGAAUAUUUAUUUAAGCAGGAACUCUCAGGUUGUGAAGCCCAGUAGUUGCUGUUCAGGUGUCUAGCUAACCUUGUUAAAUGUUUCUAUUAAUAAAUUAGCAGCCGUUCCUGAAAACUUUGGAAAGGUUCAGGAUAAUUGCUCGGAAGUGACCUGCGUUUAUCAUUAAUUAUGUAGGAAGCCCUGUUGAACUAGAUGAAGAAGUACAUUAAUUGAUAAUUUGAGUUUCUAGCAGUCAUUCAUCUGGAUUUUUUGCUGUACUUAAAAUGCUUUUUCUGCUUCCCUGAAAUGUUACCCGCAAAAGAAUUUAUUAAAUCCAAAUCUUCUGGGCAAGCAUUUGAGGUGAGGAAUGGGAGCUGCAGGUAGAGUUCCAAUUAGUCCAAAGUUGAUAUUUUUCACACAUUGCCAGUACUGAAGCUGAUUUUAAUUAUCAGUGUACAGUACAAAAGUGAACUGUACACUGAUAUAUCCUAUUUCUAGGGUUGUUAUUCACAAUAGUGUGAGUAAAGUCUGAAAAACCUUUACCAUCUUCAACUUACUGUGUUUACGAAAAGUGCAAAAUUGUGUCCUCUUUUUCCUUUGCUUAAUUAAACCCCCUAACACUAGAAACCAAUCCCGCUAUAUUGUACAUUAUUAAAACCUUUUAAAGCUGUUGACUUACUGCCCAUGCCAAUAAAUUGUCAGGUUUCACUGUUUAAA